AUGCAAUUCUCAAACUCCAGAAUUAAUCGAGCCUAUCUUCUACUAUGCAUUGGUAUUGUUAUGAUAUUUUGUAUAUCAAUCACUAGUAAGGUUAAUCAUGGUUCUUAUUCAGGAAUAUUUCCAAUCAUAAUCAAUACGUAUUCUGGCCUAAUGAACACAACAAAUUUAUUUGAUAAUUGUUCAUGGGAAUUCGAUCAUUAUUCUCCUAGUGCAUGGGAACACUUUUGGUAUAAUAAUAUCACUUAUUUACAAAAUAAAGUCUGCUCAAAAUUAAAUGAAUACGAUCAACUGAAUAAAAGCAUUCGAUCAUUAGAAUAUAUUAAAGAUUUGCAAAAAAGAAUUUUCAGUGGACCUCUUUUAUCAAAUAAAUAUGAUGAACUUUUUUCUAAAAUGUACUACCGAUCAAAAUGUUCAAAUUCACAAAAAUCUGAUCGUCUUGUUUCACAAUAUAUUGAACCAUUGAUUGGACUUCUUCGGGAUCCCUUAUCAAUAUGUUCUUAUAGCAAUAUUCCUGCAUCAGUUGCAGUCGCUGGAUAUAAUGCAGUGCAAUCGAAACGUUUUUUUCUUCUUGGUCCAUCAGCACCCUAUGAAAAUUUUCAAACAUCAACACCAUCAAUCGCUCCAUGGCUUCAUCAACCAGGUUCAAAAAAAGUUCUCUUUGAUAUUGGUUGUUCACUUUUCAACGGUGUAGAUAAUCCGGUAAAAGUUAGCUCAACCAUAGGUAUUCGCUGGUUUUAUGAAUAUUUUGGUUUGAAUUCAUUAAGUUUUGAUCGGAUAGUUGCAUUUGAAGCAAUUCCGUAUCCUCCAAAAAAAUAUUGGCAACAAAUACCAGAUGAUAUUAUUGGUAUAUUAACAUUUAUUAAUAUUGGUGUUGAAGUUACUGGUAAAACUAAUCCAUGGGGUAUAUUAAAAUCAAUAGCAAAACCCAAUGAUUAUGUAAUUAUUAAACUCGAUAUUGAUACUGCACCAUUGGAAAAUGCACUUGUACAACAAAUUCUUAAUGAUUCAUCAAUAUCUUCACUCAUUGAUGAGAUGUUUUUUGAAAUGCAUGUUACAAUUAAUGAAAUGAGACGUUUUUGGGGUACACCACCGGGUGAAUUAAAAGAUACUUAUAUACUUUUUACUAAACUAAGACAAUUAGGUAUACGUAUGCAUUCAUGGCCAUAG